GUUUUCACAACUCAAAUGUUUUUGAAUUUUGUUGCCUGUUGAAUUCGGACAUUUAACAUUGGAAGUAAACCAUUUUUCUCCUUCCUAUUCAACAUUUAAUUUUCCAAAAAAUAACAGCAGCGAUAUUCCAGGCCCCCAGAAUGUCAGCAAACACAAAAGACAAGGCAGAAUUCGCGUCACAACUCGGACUAUCGCGAAAUCGGCCAGCAUGCGCAGAAAAGUGGUGGACACCAGUAGUGUCCAUGGAGUACGAGACACACUCAGGACACAACAUAGCGCUGACAGCGUGCGGACUAGGAAUAGUCCUUGGAUGUGGGCUGACCAUUGCCUUGAACAACGGCUGGACAUAUAUAGGGAUAUUCGGCAUAUACAGUAUGCUGGUUCCGCUGUACCAUGUUCUUGAGUACAUGUGUGUGGCCCUGUACAAUCCCAGUCGCGUGGAGCUGGAAUCGUUCAUGUUUUCUCCCGACGGAGAGGGUUUGUAUCCUGUGGCACUGGCAGUGUCGCUGGCGGAAUAUGUGAUUGAAUGCUGGCUAUUUGCAGGCGGCGGCAAGACACCCGGUGUGAUCCCGGCUAUUGGCCUGGUAUUUGCGGUGGCUGGGCAGCUCAUUCGGACACUGGCAAUGAUAACGGCCAAGACCAGCUUCAACCAUUACAUCGCUAACCGCCGGGAGCAAGACCACACGCUCAUAACUCACGGCAUAUACAAGUACGAGCGGCAUCCGUCAUAUGUGGGCUUCUUCAUGUGGGCUGUCGGCCUGCAGCUGAUGCUCAAGAACCCACUGUCAACUAUUUUGUUUGCUGGUGCACUGAGUUACUUUUUCUGCAAGCGCGUGGCGUAUGAAGAGCGCACAUUGAGGUUUUUGUUUGGCGAGAAAUACACCCUGUACAUGGAGCAGACUUCAACAUUAAUUCCGAUUCUCCAGGUGUUUGCCAAGCCGAAAACCAUAUCUGCACGCGCUUCUUCAAGCAAAGCUAGCGCCAGUACAAAAAAGUGAGCCGCGCUGUUCGCCGCAUCGAUAUAUGUCUGGUUGU